CUGAACCUGAACCUGAACCUGGACCCAGCUGGACCUUCAAGGAGCUGGACUCUGAUGAUUCUGAUUCUGAAACUGUGAAUAAGAGGAGCCGGUCAAAGAGCCCAACGCUAUUUUCCAGAGGACAUCCGAAGGAAGAGGGAGUUUACUGUGUUACGUCAGCAACAUUACCAGCAGGGACCUUCAAGGGACUGGACUCUGUUGAUUCUGAAACUGUGAAUAAGAGGAGCCGGUCAAAGAGCCCAACGCUAUUUUCCAGAGGACAUCCGAAGGAAGAGGGAGUUUACUUUGUAUCAUCAGGACCAUUACCAGCAGGGACCUUUAAGGGACCUGAACCUGUCAUUGGGAGGGCGUCCAUCAAGAGGAGCUGGUCAAAGAGCCCACCGCUAUAUUUCAAAGGACGUCCAAAGUUUGAAGUGGCUCAGGAGAUCUCAGAGGUUCCCAGUGGUCAGUCUGCCCAGCAGCAUCAAUCACUCCUGGACUCCAUAUUUAUGCUGCUGGAGGAAAACAUUGUCACUUUUGUGAAGAACGAGCUGAAGAAGAUCCAAAAGGUUCUGGGUCCAGAUUACCCAGAAUGCUCAGAAAGUCAGAGGGAGGAUGAGGAGGAAGAGCAGAGGAGCAGCAGUGAGGCAUUUCUGAAGAUCACACUGGACUUCCUGAGGAGAAUGAAGCAGGACGAGCUGGCUGACCGUCUGCAGAACAGAAGUCUUGCUGCAGGUGGUAAGCGAAAACUCAAAUCUAAGCUGCAGAAGAUGUUCCACCGUGUGUUUGAGGGGAUUGCUGAAGCAGGAAACCCAACCCCUCUGAAUCAGAUGUUCACAGAGAUCUACAUCACAAAGGGAGGAACUGCAGAGGUCAAUGUUGAACAUGAGGUCAGACAGAUUGAAACAGCAUCCAGGAAACCAGUCAGACCAGAAACAACAAUCAGACAAGAAAACAUCUUUAAAACUCCACCUGGAAGAGAUGAACCAAUCAGAACAGUAAUGACUAAGGGAGUGGCUGGCAUCGGGAAAACAGUCUUAACACAGAAGUUCACUCUGGACUGGGCUGAAGACAAAGCCAACCAGGACAUUCAGUUUGCAUUUCUAUUCACCUUCAGCAAGCUGAAUGUGCUGAAAGAGGAAAUGUUCAGCUUGGUGGAACUUGUUGAUUACUUUUUCUUUGAAACCAAAGAAGCAGGAAUCUGCAGGUUUGAAGAGGUUGUGUUCAUCUUUGAUGGUCUGGAUCAGUGUCGACUUCCUCUGGACUUCCACAACACUGAGAUCCUGACUGAUGUUACAGAGUCCACCUCAGUGGGUGUGCUGCUGACAAACCUUAUCAGGGGGAAUCUGCUUCCCUCUGCUCGCCUCUGGAUAACCACACGACCUACAGCAGCCAAUCAGAUCCCUCCUGGGUGUGUUGACAUGGUUACAGAGAUCAGAGGGUUCGCUGACAUUCAGAAGGAGGAGUACUUCAGGAAGAGAUUCAGAGAUGAGGAUCAGGCCAGUAGAAUCAUCUCCCACAUCAAGACAUCACAAAGCCUCCACACCAUGUGUCACAUCCCAGUCUUCUGCUGGAUCACUGCUACAGUUCUGGAAGACGUGUUGAAGACCAGAGAGGGAGGAGAGCUUCCCAAGACCCUGACUGAGAUGUACAUCCACUUCCUGGUGGUUCAGUCCAAAGUGAAGAACAUCAAGUAUGAUGGAGGAGCGGAGACAGAUACAGAGACCAGGAAGAUGAUCGAGUCUCUGGGAAAACUGGCUUUUGAGCAACUGCAGAAAGGCAACCUGAUCUUCUAUGAAUCAGACCUGACAGAGUGUGGCAUUGAUACCACAGCAGCCUUAGUGUACUCAGGAGUAUCCACACAGAUCUUUAAAGAGGUGAGUGGACUGUACCAGGAUAAGGUGUUCAGCUUCGUCCAUCUGAGUAUUCAGGAGUUUCUGGCUGCUCUUCAUGUCCAUCUGACAUUCACCAAUUCUGGAUUCGACCUGCUGGCAGGUAAACACACAACAUCAACAGGUUUCUACCAGAGUGCUGUGGACAAGGCCUUACAGAGUCCAAAUGGACACCUGGACUUGUUCCCCUGCUUCCUCCUGGGUCUUUCACUGGAGACCAAUCAGAAUCUCCUACGAGGCCUGCUGACACAGACAGGAAGGAGCUCACAGACUAAUCAGGAAACCAUUGAGUACAUCAAGAAGAAGAUCAGUGAGAAUCUGUCUGCAGAGAGAAGCAUCAAUCUGUUCCACUGUCUGAAUGAACUGAAUGAUCAUUCUCUAGUGGAGAAGAUCCAACAGUCCAUGAGAUCAGGAAGUCUCUCCGCAGAUGAACUGUCUCCUGCUCAGUGGUCAGCUCUGGUCUUCAUCUUACUGUCAUCAGAAGAUGCUCUGGACAUGUUUGACCUAAAGAAAUACUCUGCUUCAGAGAAUGCUCUUCUGAUGCUGCUGCCAGUGGUCAAAGCCUCCAACAAAGCUCUGCUGAGUGGCUGUAAUCUGUCAGAGAGAAGCUGUGAAGCUCUGUCCUCAGUUCUCAGCUCCCAGUCCUCUAGUCUGAGAGAGUUGGACCUGAGUAACAACAACCUGCAGGAUUCAGGAGGGAAGCUGAUCUCUGUUGGACUGAAGAGUCCUCACUGCACACUGGAGACUCUCAGACUGAGUAACUGUAACCUGUCAGAGAGAAGCUGUGCAGCGCUGUCCUCAGUUCUCAGUUCCCAGUCCUCUAGUAUGAGAGAGCUGGACCUGAGUAACAACAACCUGCAGGAUUCAGGAGUGAAGUUGAUCUCUGUUGGACUGAAAAGUCGACACUGCACAUUGGAGACUCUCAGUCUGUCAGGAUGUCUGAUCUCAGAGGAAGGCUGUUCUUCUCUAGUCUCAGCUCUGAGCUCAAACCCCUCCCAUCUGAGAGAGCUGAACCUGAGCUACAAUCAUCCAGGAGAUGCAGGAGUGAAGCUACUGUCAGCGGGACUCAAGCAUCCUCUCUGGAGACUGGACACUCUCAGGGUGGAUCCUGCUGGAGUCAGAUGGUUGACACCAGGUCUGAGGAAGUAUUCCUGUGAACUCACAGUCGACACAAACACAGUGAACAGAAACCUCAAACUGUCUGACGACAACAGGAAGUUGACAUAUGUGUUAGAUAAUCAGCCAUAUCCUGAUCAUCCAGAGAGGUUUGACUCCAGGCAUCAGCUGCUGUGCAGAGAUGGUCUGACUGGUCGCUGUUACUGGGAGGUUGAGAGGAGAGGAAGGGUUGAUGUAGCCGUGAGUUACAGAGGAAUCAGGAGGAGAGGAAACAGUGAUGACUGUGUGUUAGGAGGUAAUGAUCAGUCCUGGAGUCUGAGGUGCUCUGAUAAUGGUUAUUCUGUCAGUCACAAUAACAGAGGAACAUCCAUCGCCUCCUCCUCUGACUCUGAUAGAGUAGCAGUGUUUGUGGACGUUCCUGCUGGCUCUCUGUCCUUCUACUCAGUCUCCUCUGACUCACUGAUCCACCUCCAUACCUUCAACACCACAUUCACUCAGCCUGUUUAUCCUGGGUUUGGGUUCUGGUUCUGGUAUGGGACCAAUCAGAGACCUGAUCCUGCUGAACCUGAACCCAGCUGUGUGUCCAUGAUGAGUGACCGGUCCAUGAAGCCAUCACAAAAACAAGUCGACCUGAAAGGGCGAUUUAGAAUGGAGAAAAGUGAGACGGAGCGAAUGGAAAGGGAGGAGAGGAGAAUUGAAAUGGAGAUGAGGGGACUGGAAAUGGAGAAGAGGAGACUGGAAAUGAAGAUGAGGAGACUGGAAAUGGAGAGGAGAAGAUUGAGGACCUUCAAAGGACCUGAACCUGAACCCAGCUGGCACAGUGGCCUGUAUGGCCGCCGAAAAAUUACUACACACAUGGUGAGAGCAACAACCACACGCCUGUGCCUAAUUGGCUGUUCAUGUGUAGUGAAGUCCUCCAGCGGCCGACUCCCACCUAACUUAUUGGCCAGGAGCUGCGUGUGGUUGCUCAGGCGCACGCACGGGCAUCCAUGGCACCUGGAGCUGGACUUGAACCUGAACCUGAACGCAGGACCUUCAAAGAACCUGAACCUGUCAGUUGGAGUGACCGGUUCACGUACCCACCCAUAUCUUUCAGUGGAUCUGGACAGAUGGAUUUUGAAGAGAGAGACAGAGAAGCUUGCGCUUACAGGCUUUCAGGAUGCAAAGGGUUAUGAGUCAAACGAGGGCGAGGCCCAUGUUAAUGAGCUCAUCACCAUCUUUCAGAAGACAUUUGGGUUCGAAGCAAGAGGUGGAGCCUGCUGGAGUCAGAUAUUUGACACCAGGUCCAUGGAGAUGUAA